AUGAAGUCUGCAUUGUAUUUGUGUUUUCUGCUUCUUGGGCUUCAAGUCCAGAGUGAACACAGGUCCAACCUCAAUAAUGAACAGCAGGAACAAAAAAUACUCCAUUCCACAGAAGACCAUUCCCAGGCUGAAGGUGAAAACUCGGCUCACGUGAAGAUAGCCCCCAGCAAUGCUGACUUUGCAUUUAGCUUUUACAAGCAGGUCAGAGAGGAGGCAGGCAACAAGAACAUUUUCUUCUCUCCUUUGAGCAUCUCCACUGCCUUUGCAAUGGUCUCCCUGGGGGCCAGAACAAACACGCUCAGUCAGCUGCACAAAGGCCUUGCCUUCAACCUGACAGAGAUGGAGCAGCAGGAGAUCCAUCAGGGAUUUCAGCAUGUCCUCCAGCUGCUGAACGACCCUCACCGAGAAGUCCAGUUGAGCAUGGGUAAUGCCUUGUUCAUAGACGAUCGACUGAAACUGCUCCAAAAAUUUUUGGAUGAUGUCACAAAUUUUUAUUAUUCUGAAGCUGUUUCUAGCAACUUCGAGAAUUCUGCAGAGGCUAUAAAGGAAAUCAAUAACCACAUAGAAACAAAAACCCAUGGGAAAAUUGUUGGUUUAUUAAAGAAUCUUGAUGCAGACACAGUGAUGGUUCUGGUUAACUAUAUUUUCUUUAAAGGCUACUGGGAAAAACCUUUCAACAAUUUGGCCACCAGAGACGAUGACUUCUUGUUGGAUGCCAAGAAUUCUGUUAAGGUCAAAAUGAUGCACCAAAACAAACCCUUUAAUAUCCAUAGGGAUGAGAAGUUGUCUUGCUGGGUAGUAGAAAUCCCAUACAAAGGAAAUGCUGCUGCACUGUUUAUUCUGCCUGAUGAAGGGACAAUGAAGCAGGUGGAGGAUGCUCUGCUAAAAGAAACAGUGUCUAACUGGAUGCAAUCACUUGAACAAAGAAAAAUCUACCUGGACCUUCCAAAAUUCUCCAUCUCCAGCUCCUAUGACGUAAAGAGCCUGUUUGAGAAAAUGGGUGUGACAGAGGUGUUCAGUGACCAGGCUGAUCUGUCUGGAGUGGCAGAAAACACUCUUCUGAAGAUUUCCAAAGCAAUUCACAAGGCCAUGGUGGAUGUUAGUGAGAAUGGUACAGAGGCUGCUGCAGUGACCGUCAUAGAAAUGGUACCACUGUUGGCAUCAUUUCCUCCUCCUCCUCACAUCAGAUUCAACAGGCCCUUUCUGAUGGUGAUUCUUGACAAAACCACCCAUAGCAUCCUCUUCAUGGGGAAAAUUGUGAACCCAGCUGCCAAAGAAGACUAG